AUGGCGCCUCUAAUACCCGUUACUAAUAUCCUCCCCACCUCUAUAUUAGUUGCAAGAACGAACUACUGGAACAGCGUCAACGGAGCGAAUGCCAGAACCACUUUGCCUGACCAACAGAUGAGGACUGACGCUCCUCGGUACCCAGUUGAUAGAUAUUUGGUUGAAAGUAGUAAGAAAUUUGAAAUGGUUAACAUCAUCAAUGAUGAUAUUUGGAAUCCAGAGCCAGCUUUAAAACCUGAAGACGAAAUUAUAUUAAAAAGAUUACAUGAAAUGUUACAAACAACUGCAGAUGACUUAAAAAUACUUUCUAAAGAAUUAUCUAAGCAACAUGAGCCUGGAGUACAAAUCAAAUCGCUACCAACUCCUUUAGAUGAAGAAUUUAAUGAAAAAGUCCAUAUAGAAGAAAUUGUAAAUGCCAAAUUUAAUGGUUAUAAAAUAACUGAAGAUUCACAUCCACGUGUAUCUGAUCUGAGUAAGGAGUUCAAUGGAAUGAAGUCGCUGGCCAACGACUUACAAAAACCUAAAAUAAGCGCGGGAGUACAAGUAAAUCCGACAUCUAUACUUAAGAAAACAAGUAUACGGAAGCUAGGAUUGUCACGUACUAAUGUGAUACACAUUGAUGAAAAAGAUAACAUUGGCUAUAAAGAAAACAUUUUAAAUAAUACGAAAAUAAACAGUAACUGUCCUACUAUUGCCUAUUGUGAAUACUCUUAUAAAUAUUCUAAACCAAACAUCACUGCUACUCAAUAUAAAAAAUUACAUCUUCAGAAAAUGCCAGGAAUUAAUAUAAGAAGUGAAUUGAGAGAACAAAAAGUUUUACAAUUUGAUAUUUUGCCCGAUAGUAAAGUUGAGAAAGGUGUAAGUAUAAAUAAAAAUAAUGUAGCAUUUAUUGUUACACAACAUGAAUCGGAAUAUACGUUGCAACAAAAGCUUAAAACUGCUGAUAAAAAACAAGACGGUCAAUUGACACAUGCCUGUGAGAAACAGUCUAUAAGAAAAGUUUCAAGGAUGCCGACAUAUGAUAGCAGUGGCUCCAAUAACAAUGUUAGCUCCAAUAGUCAAUAUAAACCGAAAACUCAAAGGCAAGUUAAAACUCAAUUUUCUACUAGAGCAUCGUCACGUAAUAUCGGGAGACUUCCUAAAUCCUUAAUUAAUAGAAAACAAUCAGAUAAUAGAUCACAGUUAAAUUUAGAAGAAUGGAAGCGAAAACUACAAUCAGUUUAUGGGCACACAUCAAAUUUAAAUGCGGUAAAAUUACCAAAAUCUAAAAAUAAUUCUAAUAUAACACGUCCUAAAACAUCAAAUAAACAGUCUCAAAUUUUAAAUAAUAACACUGAAUACAUACCAUACUCGCAAUUGACAUUAGGUGGUGUUAGAGUAAGUGAUAUUGAGAAGGAAUUGUCUGACAUACCUAAUAAGCAUGACGUUGCUAUAAGUCCAAUACUAGACCGAAUCUUAAAAAGUCGUGAAAAUUCUUUUCAUAAAGACAUGCCCCAAAAAAACAAACAAAAAGAUAAUGAAAACAUACUUUCGACUUCUGAUGAAAAUUUACUUCAAGAAGUAAUUGACAUUGAGAAAACUAUUAAUAAAACAUUGUCAAAAACUGCACAAAAUACACAACCAACAUCAACAAAUAUUUCAAUUACAAGUAAUGAUCAAAACGAAGAUAGUUAUGCCGAUGAUUUUGAAGAUGAUAAAUCCGGGCACACAGAUCAUUCCAAGGAAGGUAAGAGUAACAAAUCACCAUUUGAUUCUAUUAUGUCAAGUUCUGAUCAGAACUUAAUCAAUUCUUAUAAAUCAAAAAAUGCUUCGGAAAGUGAAAAAGAAAAUCCCAAUGAGACUUUCAUAAAAACAUCAAAUUUAUCAAUUAAAAACAAAAUAGAUGUCUUCGAAUUUAUACAUUUAGUUGACACACAAGAUACUGCGACCCAAAGCACUACUUCGCAAAAAAUAUCUUUAAAAGAAACUCAAACAUCUCCAAGAAAUGAAACAUUCAAUAUUCAACCAAUACAUAACGACUUGUGGCCAACACUCGAUCCUAAAGGUGAACUUGAAAAAAUGCUAAUAUUAGAAAAAGAUUUUAUUAAACAGCUCAUAAUUGAUGAGUAUGGUGAUUUUUUGGAGAAUUUUAAUAAGCCUUCUACAUCUCGGAAUAAUAACAUGGAAGAUAAUCAAAAUAAUAUAGUUGCAUUUCAAAAAAAUACACAAACCUCACCUGUACAUGUAAAAUGUGUAAUGACCUCUCCAACUAAAGUAAAAACUAGAACUACAUCACCUUUUAAAUUAUUGUUGUCAGUAGAUCAACAUACCAGCCCUAUGACAUGUGUAUCAAGCAAAGAAGAACUACAGUUAGAGAUUGAAAAUGAAGAUGACCUUGGAAUAUCUAUUAAUUUAUCCUCGCCUAGAUUUAAUUUGCGUUUACCACAAAAUUCUCAGGAAAUACUUUCAAAUCUAGAAAAUUGUAAUCAAAAUGUAUCCAAGAUAUACCAAAAAGAAGAAAAUUUUCAAGGAACUAAGACGUUUAGAAAGUUUACAAUUUCUACUAGUACCAGUUCUCUAGAUGGAGAUAACUCUUCCUCAGAAAUUAGCAGUUUAGGUGAAGUCAAAUUAAAGAAAAAGCUAAGAAGAAAUAGAGUUGAAUCCACUUCAGAUACAAGUUCAGCAUCAAUAGUUUCCAAAUAUAGUUCAGAUUUACAAUCUCUCGGCAUUCUGCCUUUGAAGAGUGAAGGAGAAAUUAGUGCUGGACAAGUUACAAAACAUAAUUCACAAAAAACAAAGUGUAGAGGGAGUAUUGGUGAAACCAGUGUUGAUGGAUUACAGUAGAAUUUAUUUCCGUGCUUUUAUAUAUUCUAUAGAGAACAUUGUUUAAAAUUUUGGUAACAUUCCUUGUGUGCCUUGAAGUGUUUAGUAAUAAUGUUGUUUGUUUGCCAAAUCAAGUGUAUAUUUGCCUCUACUGUUAUUUCUUACCUCAAGUACAAAUCAGUUAUCGCAAUAAAUUUGUGAUAUUUUUAUGUAAUGUUAUAUUUUAAGUCUAACAUAAUGUAUGUUAUUUUAUACUUUUAGUAGACUUAAGCCUAUUUUUGCACUGACAUAAAUUUUAG